AGGCAUCUCGUGGCGCGCAGCUGGCUAUUAUCGCGAACCUUCUCAAAACAUCCAUCAUCUUCCAAGCCACGUUCUAGAGACAUCCUUCCAUGGCGGUUACUCUGCAAUUUAUACCCCUUUCCCCAUCCCUCUCCUUUCGUGCUAUCUUUGCGUGUUUCUGUGAAAUUUCUGAUUUUGCGAGCUGGUACAUAAAGACCCCUCAGUUUAACAGUAUAAGAAUAAAUAUUUUUUCUUCUCUUUCGUAGGUUUUUUCUCAGCCAUGGCUGGACGACUGCUUGCCAAAAAACUGGUAGACCAAACGCUGUUAACACGUCUGCGUGGUGGCGUCACAAGUUUAGCAUCUCAAGGCAGAAACUUUUCGACAUCUGCCGUAGCUACACAAAAUGAAGACAAAAAUGUUGCUGAAAGGCCUAGGAGACGACGCCGUUCGCCGAUGCUCAGAAGAUGGGCAGAUUUAAUCCCGUUAGGGUUUUCAGAUCUCUCGGAUCCUUUUCCUGUGAAUCGAACCCUGAAUCAGAUGAUGGACACGGUGAACCGCUUGUUCGAUGAGUUUGCUCCGUCUCGCACAGCAGGAGAGGCGUUGGAAAAUUUUAGGCCGGCAUAUGAUAUCAUGGAAGAGAAUGAUUCGUAUAAGCUGCGCUUUGAUAUGCCAGGGCUGAGUAAGGAGGAUGUAAAGGUGGAAAUUGAGGAUGGAACGCUGGUGAUCAAAGGCGAACACAGCCAGGAGGAGAGGGAGAAAAAUUGGUCUUCUAGAAGCUUCGGAAGCUACAAUACUCGCAUCAUCUUGCCAGAAAAUGUGCGACUAGAUGAAGUAAAGGCUGAAAUGAAGAACGGGGUUUUGCAGGUUACUGUUCCCAAGACUGAACCGGAGAAGAAACAGGAUGUUAUUGCAGUCAAUAUUAACUGACUUUGAAGGUUUUGAGGGUUUAUUCGUGGCACAACUCUGUUAUUUUAUUUUCUUUUUGGUUUUUGUGUUGUAGAUUGUGUACCUAGUUAAAAUAAUAUUUUUACUACAGUACACUUUUUCUUAGGCUGUUUAAGUGACAAACGAGCAUGCAGCUUUACUAAAAUUUCUCCUUGGGGUAUGUAGAUGGUUAAAUUCUAUGGCAAUAAAAAAAUUCACUACCGUUCAAUGUAAAA